CGUUCCGUCAGGUUCCUGCACUUUCAUCAUCAUCAUCAUCAUCAUCAUCUCAUUUUUCUUCAUCUUUUGAUACUUUUCCAAGCUUCAACUGGAAUUCAGAAGUUUGAAGAAACACCACAGUACACAGAAGUCAAUCCUAGCCAGGAUGCGAAACUCAUUUGCCGUGUCCUUGAUAAGAGGGGUCAGUGCAUUUGGCAGAAGGAUCAAAAGCCAAUUGGAAUGCAUUUGAAGAAAUAUGAAUGGGUGGGUUCGCCCGACGUUGGUGAUUGCUCACUUUGGGUGAGGUCCGCUACUUUGGAAUUUGAUGAUGGUUUAUGGCAGUGUCAGGUCACUGCUAGUGAUUUUACAGCACAAGAUGCUUUGGCCUCGGAACCUGCAAGGCUGGUCGUCAGAGUGAGCCCUCAACGACCACAGAUAGAGUACGCCGAUAAACUAAUUCUACCGGGUAGCAACGUGACAGCCCGUGCAGGUGAAACCGCCACGCUCAAGUGCACAGCGCGCUAUGGGAAUCCUUCGCCUCUAAUUAAAUGGUAUUUGGGCGAGAAGGAGCUGAGGCCAAGUUCUCCUCAGGUAAAUUCAACGGAAAGUGAUAAUCCCCGCACUUGGGCUACAUACAGUGUUUGCAAGAUUCUGGCCGAACGAGCACGUUACGGACAACCAAUUCGCUGUGUCGCUAUUCAUCCAGCAUAUACCAAUCCGAGUAUGUCGUCCAGCACGGAGGUGCGAUUCGACGUUCGAUACGCUCCGGAAACUCGUUUAGAGGGAGUUCCAUUCGGUCAACUGGAAGAGGGUCGAGACCAACUGGAAAUCAGAUGUUUGGCUGAUGCCAAUCCUCCAGCUUCGAUACUUUGGAAACGUACGAAAGGACAAACUUUACCGGAAGUUGCUGGCAUUGGCGAGGCUCUUUCCUUCUCUCCGAUAUACAGAGAUCACGCUGCUGUUUAUAUUUGCGAAGCCUCCAACACCGAAGGAGAAAGCAGUCCAGUUUCCGUUCAAAUAUCCGUCAAUUAUCCACCAAGGAUAAGUUCAGUUGGACCUGAUAGAAGGAAGACAGCUUUAUUGUAUACGGCCGCUUCUUUUGAGUGUCAUGCAGAUGCUAUGCCACCUGCCGAGUACAGAUGGGCUCAAAUUUUUUCCGAUGGGCGGCUGCCUGUAGAAUGUGGAACAGGUCAGCGUUUAGUUUUAACAAACGUCACAUACGACCAACAAGGGCAAUACAUCUGUUUGGCGGCUAAUAAAAUCAAUGGAAACAUCAGAGAAAUUCAAAGUGAUCCGGUUUCUCUACAAGUUGUUGGUGCACCAAAGGUAAUGAAACCAGCGAGUACAGAGAAGUUUCUUGUUUCGACGACGGAAGGGAGCCCAGCUCGUUUGGAAAUCACACUCUGCUCUAAUCCCAGGCCGCGACUCGUCGCCUGGGAAUGGGGAAGCACCAGACUCCACGCUGGAGAAGUAUUGGAACCUCGACAUCGGGCUUUCGACUUAAAACCUCUGCCUUCAGAUGACUGUUAUUUAGCAAUUUUAGAACUAAUAACUACCAUCAGAGAAGAUCAAAGACUGUACCACGUUAUUGUGGAAAAUGAUCGUGGAAGUGAUCGACGAGUUUUGAUGCUCAGGGUCGACGAACCAGGCCAGAUUCCAUUGGUAAUCGGAGCUGUUGCGGGAUUCACCGUUCUCUCAAUAUUGAUAAUGGGCUUCGUUUGUUUUCUGCGUUCUGAUAGAUGCUGUGUCCCCAGAAAUACAGUUCCAGCAAUGCAGCAAGUUCAUUGUACCAAACCCUCAAAUACAAUUAUUGAGGAUCCACGAUUAGCCGUGGAAACAAUGGAACGAGCAGCUCAGCAGUUUGUCCCGGAAAAAAGACAAAAUCACGUUUUGAAGCCUGUUCCGUCUCAGUAUCAUCAGGAUAUUUAUCAACAUGAUCCUCAUCAUCAGCAACCCCAUUAUCAGAGGCAUCAUCAUCAUAGUCAAUCUCAUGGGCCCCAGUAUGCUAUCCAGGGGGAGCAGCUGUUUCUAAAACCAGAUCGUUUAGCGACACUGAAGCCUCACUGCAAGAUCGACAAGCCACCCCAAUAUACCACAUUCAAGCCAAGUUCACGUGAUUGA